AUGUGCCGCCGCCUUGCCAAGCUUGAGCAGGAAAAGUCCAAGGCCUCCAAGUCCGCCCAUGGUGUAUACCAGGCGUUGUUCGACACCGUUGGAACCCAAUGCGAGAGCAUCAUAGCCGAGGCAUCACUUCAGAUUGAGAACGCCUGGGACAACUUCAAAAAGGCUACGACACGACUGAUCCCUCUGCUUCCGUCUCGCGCCAAAGAGCCUUCGCUUCACCUUUCGCUGCCGAGAAGCGGUGAGCACCUGCGGAACCUCCUUCAACAGCCGCCCACAAUUACCGCCAACGACAACCGUAUGGACUUGAGCCUACCUCCGCUGGAGAAGACUGCGAUCCAUGAGCUGAGUCAGCUCGCAAGCCGCUACUUCAAGCUUGCAGACCUGGAGUCGAGUGCCCUGCAGCAGUCUUAUUUUGCAAGCGAGGCAUCUAGGCAAGCAUGCCAAGAUGGCUGUGUCGCAAUGGCCGAGUCGCUUUUUCGCCUCUUGGCGAUUAGUGAAUUCAAGUCUUAUACUUCAAAGCCGGACCAAAUGAGCCUCUUUAUACUGAAAGUCUUUGAGCUUUGGGUCGAGAUGGACAAGUGCGCAGUGACGGCCUGCCCUCUUUUGGGCGACUAUCACCCCUUGUUCCCUGCCGAGGCUUUGGAUGUCCUGCACCUCGCCGAACUGUCAGCCAUGAACCGACUCCAACAAGUCCAAGGCUAUCUGCGGAAACGAAGAUUCAACUGCAAGUACCCGAGCGAGAACAUCUUGUUGAGCGAAAAGAUUUCAUCCGGAACCUGUGUUUGCACCUUCGACGCCGAUGGAUCGCGCAAUGUUCACGGCUGUGCCAAGUGCUAUCACUGGCGUGUCCGCAAGAGGAUGACUAUUUCGGUCCACGAGUCCUAUCUCCCCGCUGACUCCGUGCAAAAGUCAACCGUUGCUUUCGAGCUCGCCAUUCCACCGUUUAUCCAGACCUAUCGCAACGCUACCUGGAAGAUUCUGCACCAGCUCGGGCACCCGGGUUCAGUUGCCAAGUCGGCCUCACCAACCAUGCUGCUCAAGAGCUACUCCCAACUGACGCCGUACAAUCAAACUGAGGCCAACGGAAUCUCCAUGGCUUCCGCCAAGAAGUCCUUUCUUCAGACUCACUACAAGCAGCAGCGCAUGAAAGUUGACCUGCCCAGUGUCGUCUUGCCUUGUGGACUCAGCUUUGAAUACUACGACGAGGGCUCUCAGUCUUGGGUCAGCAACUUCAAGGAUCCCGUCACCUUUCAGCAUUUAUGCGGAAUCCGCAUUCCGAGAGCUUUGCUCGAAGCCGCCGUCGCCGAUCCACGAAUGCCUACUUGGACGGAUGACCAACUGGCGGAGUCGCACUACAUGGAACUUCUCAUCACACUGGCCCUUCGACUCCAUGGCUUGACAAGCGGAGGAAUGCGUCAACAGGCGUACGAGCUGCUCAAACUUGCUCGCCGGGCGACACUGCAAUGGAGCCUGGACCUUCGCGACAAGAUUCACAAUGAGACCGAUGCCAACGAGGCAUUGCGGGUGGCGCAGUACAGGUUUCAGGCAGCGCUGCUCUGCAGACGAACCUUUCGGUAUUCGCCGACCGAGAGGGAGACUAUGGACGCCGAGGAGCUCAGCGCGUUUGUAGAGGCGUCUAUUUCCUUGCAGCAAAGUCUCGUCGUUGAUCCGACCAGGCUCACCCCCAAUCAGGAGAGCAUGUUAAUGAGAGACUUGAAAAUGGCAUACCGCUUCCGAUCUAUUCUGCGAGAGUCUGUCCAGAGCAACCCAGAAUUCCUGGGCUCGGCUUUCUGUGGCGCGAGAUCCUGGGAGCCUCGAGAGCAGUCAAAGCAGCGCUUUACGCAGUGGAGGUUUUUGGACAAGCCAAACGACUCAUGGAUUGCCUCUGUCAUGAGAAGCGAAGCACAGCAUGGGGCCGCACCGCAGGUCUUUCACUACAACAUCGUCGAGGGCCAUCUUCUCGUAGAUGGCCAGCCGUUAGGAAGACCGCCACUGGAUAUUAUCGGAUCAACAGACGUCAAGUACUUGUUUGGUAAACGAAAUUUACUGACAUAUCCUUCGUAUUUGACUGGUAUGAGUCAUGUCGUGGCCAUCCCUGUCGAUGAUCAUCAUAUUCAUUUCGGCCGUCGCGGCGAUGAAGUUGUCAUAAGGGCCAUCCACUGGACCCGUGGCCGGACGGAUCUUCUUGAGUACAUUCCGGGCAGAGUCUUUCGAGGGGAGUCUGACUUUGACUUGCCGUCGGAACUGGUUGACAGCUGCGCUCACUGGCUCAACCUCUCCACCGGGGACCUUGAGAUCCGAAGACAGCCAACCAUCUGGACCUCUAGGCCUGGAAACUGGACUCUCAAUGUUCAAACUCGUCAGGCCAAACGUCGUGAGACUUACCUGGUUGACCCUCACUCGGAAGUCUUUGGCAAGAUCAAAGACAUUCUGCAAGGCUUCGAGAAUUUCUGGAGCUCUCUUUCGUCGUCAAUCGCAACAGACUGCUUCAGUGUCGGCAGCUGCAAGCCGAGAUUGAUCCCAAACCAAGACGCUGGAGCUCUUUACGGGUUUGAGGGCAAAAUUGUUCUCCGAGACAUGGUUGAUGGGCACCGGCGAAGUAUCAUUGCUGGCCUGGGAGAGCUUUCCUAUCAACGCCGCGGGAUUCACGUUGCCGUUCGAGUCAAGGAUACUAAUGCCUACGGCAAAUUUGACAUCGACGGCGUUCUUGGACGUCUCACAUGUCCGCCGGAAACGCGUCUCCUAUACUCUAUGGCCUUGUUCCACGCAUCAACCUCUUUCCCUCUGCCGGAUCCGCUCACAGCCUCUACUGGGGCCGAAGAAGCGUAUCGGAUUCUCGGCUCUGGUGCCUGUCAACCCUGGAUGCCCCUGGCCGACGGCAGUCGUUUGAUUUUGAAAGAAAUUGAGCAACUUUGUCCGCGGAGGGAUUACUACCCAAGAGACAAGAGGAUUCUUCAGACUGUCCAAUGGAAUCGCGACCUGACCAUGGAAGUCCAGCACGACAGUUACGGAAGGCUUAUUGGGGAAAUUCUUCUCAAAUCCAUGCGCCUUCACGCAUUUCACACUCAAGAGCCGUGCGUCAGCUCGGCAACAGAAGACGACACGCAUUCCCUCCAACACCGCGCCACUGUACGUCGAAGUCUCUACGAGCGAAGUCUCACCGACAGCUCAGUGGAGCGGAACGAGAAAGUAGUGGUCUACGAGUCUAGAGAUCGCAUCGCUGGCUCCCGCUGCGGAAUCAAUGUCUACCAGACGGCCAAGAUCCUCUACUGCCUACCAUUCAAAAUUCCCAAGACGAGUCUCGCCCAGAUCCUCCAAGAUAUCCCCGGGAAGAUCAUUGGGGGAUUUCACGCUGUUUCCGAUAGCCCCUGUGGCUCCCUGGAUGCCUUGGUCGGCAAUGAUGUCGGCGAGCAGUGGGGGAGUUUGGUGAACCUUUGCAGGAAUGUAGACGACGACAACAUCUAUGAUGUCGUUUUCCGCCUCGGGCUGCUGGCUUUCAGCACGAAGCCUAAUAAUGCGGCAAUCAGGGCAUUGUGUGCAUUCUCGAGACUUGAAAAACUGCGAGAUUUGCAGCCACCAGACUGUCCUCUCUUCACAGACUUCAAAUACCGGGCAUCCCUGACGCUGGAACGUCUGGAAGAGCUGAUCUUAGUCGAAUUGCCUGCUCAUGAGCCGCAGCCCGCGACGCUGAAGCAUCAGAAAGCGCAGUCCGAAGGUCGACGGGAAACCAAGCGGAGAAACGUUGCGAAGGGGUUGGCGAAACACCUUCUCGCUCAAUGGCCUUGUGCUACACCCUCCACGGUGGAUUUUGAUGCUGGCGACACUGAGAUUCCGCAACCCAUGGAGAGAGUGCACUCGGAAUGGACCCGGCUGCACAACAACCUGACGCUCUCGGAAUAUCUCGAUGAGGCGCAGGCAAUUUUGGACCGCCACAUCGGAGGCGCGGAAACCUCGAGACCCAAGCCUUGGGAUCCCUCAGAGGGAACUGGUUCGUCGGCUCACGGAACAGUCGUCCCGUCUCUGUCGCAAGAGCUUCUGCUCAAGCAGGGGCCUAGCGCUCCUCCCGUUGGCAACUUGUGCCCUCUCUCCCAGGCCAUCAGCCCUGCCUCGGAUAAGGACGAAACUUCUAAGGGAAGCGCUGAAAAGAGAGAAAUGAAGGAACUUGGCCAGAUCUUGACAACAUUCGCAAACUCGUCGAAGCCACUGUGGCAGCAGUAUGGCAAGGACUUGCUUCAGAGUCACGACGCGUUGCGCGAGCUUGGAGACGAGCAACAAGGUCAAACUAACGUAGAGGAACUGGAAAGUAUCGACCAGAACAUAUCAAUGGCCCGCGAAGUGGUCUCGAGAUGCGUUGCUCUCAUCGCCAACGCGCUGUCCUUAAACGACAACCGGUUUCGAUGGCUACGGCAGGGAAACCUCUGGCCCCGAGUCUCUUCAGUUUCGCUCCUCCAGCAACUGCGGUCAAACGACAAGGCCAUAUUUGGCCCGGGAAUGAAGGAGCUGCUAGUGUUCUAUGGCACCUCAAUCACAACUCUUCAGUGGCUUCUGAGAAUUAGGCAUGCGUUCCGGAGAGGGGACCGUCAGAAGCUCCUUGAGCAUUGUUCGGACAGAGGGCACAGCAACUGGGACCCGAUCGAGUUUCCAGAUUGGCUGCUUCUGGAGAUUGAAAGCAACCUCCUCAUUCGUCCUCAACAUGGGAAAAGGAAAACAUCUUGCAUCGUGCCAAUGGUCGUUGCCGUUCUUGCAGACUCAAAGCAACUUUGCCGGCUCAUCGUGCCAAAAGCCUUGCUGCUCCAGACUGCCCAGACUUUGCAGUCCAAGAUCGGAGGCUUGCUUGGACGUGAGAUGAGGCAAAUUCCGUUCUCUCGACGCACCCCUUCGAGCUCGGACAUGCAGAAGCUCUACGUCGAUCUUCAUCGAGACAUUCUUGGCCGCUCCGGUGUCAUUCUCGCCAUUCCAGAGCACAUAAUGUCAUACAAGCUGAGUGGAUUCCAGAAGCUCGCCGACUCCAAGCUCAAGGAAGCUCGCGAGAUGAUGGCCAUCCAAUCUUGGUUGACCAAGACUUGUCGUGAUGUGCUCGACGAAUCAGACUUCACGUUGGCAGUCAAGACGCAGUUGAUCUACCCAAGCGGACAGCUCGUGCCCGUAGAUGGGCAUCCCGAUCGCUGGAAGGUGGUUGAACGAGCGCCUGGUUUUCCCAUGAUUUACAUUGUGCAAAGCGAGAUUGAGGACACGCUCCGCAGCAGAGUCACCGACACAGUUUGCGACGGACACACUUCGAUUCUUCGCCUGCCCAGCUCCUACACCGAUGCUUGCAAGGCGUGUUUGAGGCGGGUCCUAACCGAGGACAAUCCGGACCCCGAGGACUUUGCAAGUUUGUCAAAAGAGUUCGCCGCAAAGCCAUCGCUGUUCAAGAACGCUCUGAUUAUUCGAGGCCUCUUGUUGAAGGGAAUUCUUCUCCUCUGCCUCAGGAAGAGAUGGAAUGUCCAAUACGGGCUGCAUCCGAAGAGGGAUCCUCUUGCAGUUCCCUUUGAGGCAAAAGGAGUGCCGUCCGAGCAAGCCGAGUUUGGCCAUCCCGAUGUUGCCAUAAUCUUCACCUGCUUGUCCUUUUACUACGCAGGCCUCACGAUCCACCAGUUCCAGGAAGGACUGGGGAGAGUGCUCAAGUCUGAUGACCCAGCCUCAGAGUACGAUAGCUGGACUGCCGGAUGCGACUCCCUCCCGGAAGCCCUCUCCCAUUGGAACCUCAUCAAUGUUGAUGAUACCGGACAAGUUGAGAAACUCUGGAACCAUCUGCGGCUGAGUCGAGAAGUGCUCGACCAUUAUCUAAACACCUUUGUUUUCCCGCGCUACGCGAAGCAGUUUGCCGUCAAACUGCAGUCUUCAGGAUGGGAUUUGCCUCUCUUGUCUUCAUGUUCAGACGAAAAGAAGCUCACGGCAAAGACAACAGGGUUCAGUGGCACCAACGACAAUCGAAGGCUGCUGCCCCUGACCAUCAGGCAAGAUGACCUUCCGAGCCUGAAGCACACCAGUGCCGAGGUGCUCACAUGCCUUCUCCAAGACAGGAACCGGGAUUGUAUGAUCGCAACGAGCCAUGGAGCGCGGCUUACUGAGGAGGAACUACUCAAGCACCUGUCCAACGCAAAAAUUCGGCUGUUGAUCGAUGCUGGGGCCUACAUUCUGGAGAUGGACAACCAAAGUCUUAUCAAGAAAUGCCUGCAGGAAUGCCUCGUCUACUUGGACGAAGCCCAUACUCGUGGUACUGACCUCAAGCUCCCACCACACGCCCGCGGGGCUCUCACCUUGGCUCUGGGGCAGACCAAAGAUCACACAGUUCAAGCUGCCAUGAGGCUUCGGCAACUGGCCACGACACAGUCCGUCACUUUCUGCGCUCCACCAGAGGUCUACCGCAGCAUCUUGGAUCUGCGUCGCAAAAAGGACGGGAUGCGAAUCAGCUCAUUUGAUGUCGUCCAUUGGUUGCUCGAGCAGACGUGUCGAAACAACGAGCAGUUGCGCAGCCUCUUCAAUGCCCAAGGCAUCGACUUCUGUCGCCGGACAAGUGCCGCUCGGCAAUACCCCAAGUUCCUCUCGGAAGAAGCACACACAUCGGCCCUCCUAGAAGUUAUCAGAUCUCCCGAACAGAUUAUGCUUGAUGAACUAUACGGGAGCGCCGCACAGACCCCGAGGAACAAUGCACCGGAGAGCUUCCACUCUAGCCUUCGCGGGAUUGCAAGUUCACUCAUGGAGGAAAAACCUCAUCACUACAAGAGCCUCCGCUUCUCCGGUCUGCAUCCGGCCAUCUCAUCGUUUGUCCAGACGGGACUGCUCGACGGAGAUUCGGGGUUCGAGUUGGUGUCUACCUUUCUUGCAAACACAGGCCUGGGGAAGAAGUACAAUGUUCGCGCUCCAGGAUCGCGGCUUUUCGUGUCCGCCGAGUUCACGCACACGAUUGAGAAUGGGUCUGAAGGUCCGAACGACAACUUUUUGAGACCGAUCGAGUGGGUUCUGUGGGGUCCUGUUCAUGGGACAGCUUUGGUGAUCAUUCCGGAGGAGGUGGAGCUCUUGAUACCGGUCAUCAGGGCCAUGGAGCGAGCGCCGGUACACCUGAUCCCCUACGCUGCAUCGACGACCAAUAACAUGGUCCAUUCCAGCGAGUUGGCCGGCUACGUCUUGCCCUCCCCUCUGCUGAGCAGCCCUUUGCCUUCGUGGCUUUCGAUUGAGCUGGGGCUGCUCGGUGCUAGACUGUACUUCGACUUUGAAGAGUAUUCGAUGCUCCUGAAGUACCUGCGCUCAGUACUCAAGGUUGGCAGCACCGCAUCUGCCGGAGCUGCAUCUGGGGUUCGCAAGAUUGAUUGA